AUGUCACUUUCCCAGGAAGUGGAUUUCCCAUGGGAUAUCGGUAUUCAAGAUGCUCACUGUCACCCUACCGAUACAAUGGCUUCCAUCGCCAGCAUCGCCGCCAUGAAGACCGCCACUUUAACCGUCAUGGCCACACGCGCAGAAGACCAAGAUCUCGUGCAACAGGUAGCCCAAUCCAUCAAUAGCCAAGAAAAUGCUAUUAGUGCAUCAAGCAGAGACCGUAUCGUCCCUUGCUUUGGCUGGCAUCCUUGGUUCUCUCACCAGAUUUUCGACGAUACACAACCAGGCACAAGAACGGUGCCAGAUAAACACACCCACUACUCAGCUGUACUCUCACCCGGCCCCCACAAUGACACUGAAUUCACCAAUUCAUUACCGUCGCCAAAGCCUCUUUCGCAGCUUAUUGCUGAGAUCAAAGCUCGUCUUCAGCAGUUUCCGCAUGCGCUUGUGGGUGAAAUCGGUCUAGAUAAGACAUUCCGCCUCCCUAGUGCAUGGACAGGUCCAGAACUUGAUAAUCGUGAUGAGGAGCUAACGACCGGCUCGCGUGAAGGCCGAAAACUCACCCAGUACAGAGUGAACAUGCAGCACCAGACAGUUGUCCUCAAAGCCCAGCUCAAGUUGGCAGGGGAGUUGGGUCGCCCUGUUUCCGUGCACAGCGUACAAGCCCACGGGGUUGUACUGAAACAAUUUCAGGAGUUGUGGACAGGCUAUGAACUGAAGAUCGUAUCGCGGCGAAAGAUGAUAAGAGAGAAAGAUGCAGAGGGCGCAUUUCCAAACGAAACAGAUAACAUCGUAACCCAGGAUAGAAAGGAUAGUGCAUCCGCAGAAAUUUCUACGCCCUCGCCAUUGCCUUUCCCUACACGCAUCUGCAUGCAUUCAUACUCUGGACCUGUGGAGCCUAUUCGCCAAUUCCUGAAUCGGACUAACCCGUCCCAGGUAUAUUUUUCAUUCUCUUAUCUGAUCAACUUCGAACGUGCGCGGGGCAAGAAGGCCUGUGAUGUGAUCAAGGCUGUGCCAGAGGACCGUAUUUUGGUUGAGAGUGAUCUUAACAUGGCGGGGCCGGAGAUAGACGAUUUGAUUGAGAAAGCGGCUCGUCAGGUGUGUGAGUUAAGAGGGUGGGAAUUGAAGCAUGGUGUUAAAAUCCUCUCAGAUAACUGGAAGAGGUUCAUCUUUGGAUAA